AUGGCAGAUUCAGAUUCGAGUGUUUCUGAGAUGGAAGGAUCCAUUAGCAGCGGGGAGGUGUGGUCAACACUUUCAGAGGAUUGGGAGAUCAGCUCUGAGGAGACUGACCCGGAGGAGACAUUUGGGGAGAGAGUGGAUUACUCUUCGAUUAGCCAUCACACUCGUGGGCAAUUGGCGAAGAGUGGCGAGCUUGAGAAUGAGGACCUUGAAGAGGAGGACUCUGAGGAGGAGGACCCCAUAGAGGAGGAUUCCGAGGAGGAGGACCCCGAGGAGGACCCUAUAGAGGAAGACCUCGAGGAGGAGGACCCCAUGGAGGAGGAUCCCAAGGAGGAGGACCCCGAGGAGAACCCUAUGGAGGAUGAGGAUCCAGCGGAGGAGCCUAUGGAGUGGGAAUUUGAGGUAGCACAAUAG